AUGUCAAACUUUCGCGCUAUUCCUUUUUCAAAAGCUAAUGCCAACAACUCUAACCAAUCAUUAGAAGUAUUCUUAUCAAAAACUCGAAUACUGUCGACGGCAUCAAUAUUAGUAACAAUAACUCAUUACCACUUACACCACCUGAUUAUACAUUAUUUGAAAAACGCAGAAAAUUUUAAUUCUAUUGAUAUAUCGGCAAAGUUACUAAACAAUUCCGAUGAAAUACGUGUGUCAUUAUUGGAUCGUGACACGGAAAUGAAGGAGUUAUUUAUUAUUAAUAAAGAUUACUUUGAUGGGGUCAAACAAUUUAUUUCUGAUAAUAACGGUGCUACUUGUAAUACUUGGCAAGAGUUUUUAAGUCUUUUGUAUUCCAAGCGCGAAGAAAUUUCCGAUAAAAAAUGGAUGAAAUGUAUCGAGAUAAAUGAUGACAACAUAUAUCACGACAACGCUUAUCUUGAUCAAUUUUAUAAAGAUAAUUAUUAUUAUCAGAAUAAUAAUUUUAUUGACGUGACAUUAAUUCGUGAUUUCCCAAAAAUUUUAGAAAAUUUUGAAUCUUCUUAUCCACAAUUUUUCGUAAAUUUAAAACAAACAUUGGACAAAGAAUCUACCAAUAAUAGUAAUAAUGAUGAACAGGAGGAAAAAACUCCUUACGAAGAGUUUAAAAAUAUUUUGUUAAAAUCAAGGAAUGAAAUGACAGACAUUGAAUGGGAAGAGUCAAUUUAUAAUAUAUUAAAUCCUUAUCCAAGAUUAAUUGAACAAUUCGAAGAAAUAAUUGCUUAUGAAAUUUCCGAAGAAUGA